AUGGAUGAUAUGAUCAUUACUGGGAGAACACCUGAAGAACACCUUAAGAACUUAGAGCAGGUCUUGAAGCGACUUGACCGUUACGGAUUAAAAGCAAAUGAAUACAAGAGUGAGUUCCUAAAAGACAAAAUUGAAUUUUGUGGCCAUGUGAUAGAUGCAGAAGGAUUCCACAAAACAUCAAAGAAAAUUGAAGCAGUGCUAAAUGCUCCUGAACCAAAGAACGUGUCUGAACUCAGAGCUUUCUUAGGACUCGUAAACUACUAUGGACGAUUCAAGGAGAACUUAUCUACUCACUCAGCACCCUUAUAUGACCUUCUGAAGAACAACUGCAAUUUUGUAUGGUCAAAGUCAUGCAAAGCAGCAUUUGAGAAAAUCAAGGAACUCGUGACGUCAGACCAAGCACUUGUGCACUAUGAUCCCUAG